CUGAUUCAACAUUCGCACUCACAAGAAGGAAGGCUACGAACAGGAUUUCAGAGCUUUUAUAUAGACUCUAAAAUACAUGUAAAAAAAUCAGUUUUAGAAACUGAUCCGUUCCAUCAACUAAUUAAGCAAUUUCUAGAAAAUCAUAUGUAUAUGUUGCAAACCUGUGAUAAGCAGGCAGCGGUCCUGACUCCUUAUCGAGUGUGAAAUGAUGGGAGUGUGUAAGCUAAUGCUAGCUAUUUCUGCAGUUCUUCUUAGCUAGCGAACGACAAAAAACAUCACAUCAUAAGGAAGUUGCAACAGUCAAACUAACAGUGGAUGGUACCAGAUAAGCCAUCGGAACCAAACAAGGCUGCUGUGGUGUUGUGAGGAGACUGCUUUCUGCUGCACCAGCUGCAUGAGACAUGCAGAGCUCUGAGCAUCUCUAACAGGCAGCACUCUGUGGAACCAUGGACUCUUCUUCUUCUGAGUCCCAGUCCCAGGGCGACGGUGAGACAGCUCUGCUCCAUGCAGAGAUCAGAGAGCACCCCACCACAUCAGCUGCCUUAAUUCCCAGUGAUGACCCCAUCCUAUUGACCCCAGGGAGGAUGAGCCAGCGAAGCCAGGGGAAGGAGCGAGAGAAGAGGGAGGAGAAGGAGCGAGAGAAGGAGAAGGAGCGAGAGAAGAGGGAGGAGAAGGAGCGAGAGAAGGAGAAGGAGCGAGAGAAGAGGGAGGAGAAGGAGCGAGAGAAGAGGGAGGAGAAGGAGCGAGAGAAGAGGGAGGAGAAGGAGCGAGAGAAGAGGGAGGAGAAGGACAGAGAGGAGAAGAAGGAGAAGGACAGAGAGGAGAAGAAGGAGAAGGAUGGGAGCCUCCACACCCCCAGCAGGGAUCACCUCGCCAGCCCCUCUUCCCUCAGCCCGGGGCUCAGCUACACCCAUGGUUUCGAUCGGGGGAAAGAAGAUUCCCUGCCUCCGAAAGAGGACUCGUCUCACUCCAUAUCCAAGAGCAAGUCAGAGUCCAAGCUCUACAAUGGCUCUGACAAGGAUGUCUCGUCGUCCGGUAACAAGCUCACCAAGAAGGAGUCGCUCAAGGUACAGAAGAAGAACUACCGUGAGGAGAAGAAGAGAGCCACCAAGGAGCUCCUCAGCACCAUCACAGACCCCUCUGUUAUUGUCAUGGCUGACUGGCUCAAGAUCCGGGGUACUCUGAAGAGCUGGACCAAGCUGUGGUGUGUGCUGAAGCCGGGGGUUCUUCUCAUCUACAAGACCCAUAAGAACGGCCAGUGGGUGGGCACGGUGCUGCUCAACGCCUGCGAGCUCAUCGAGAGACCCUCAAAGAAGGACGGCUUCUGUUUCAAACUCUUCCACCCGCUGGAGCAGUCCAUCUGGGCAGUCAAGGGUCCUAAAGGAGAGACGGUGGGUUCCAUCACACAGCCAUUACCCGGCAGCCACCUCAUCUUCCGCGCCACCUCUGAGUCAGACGGCCGUUGUUGGAUGGAUGCUCUGGAGCUGGCUCUGAAGUGCUCCGGCCUCCUGAAGCGGACCAUGAUCCGCGAGGGCAAGGAGGAGCUGGCCAGCACAGCUGGGGAGAGCUCCCAAAUUAACUUCUACAGCCUGCUGAGAGCCCACAACAUGCAGGGUUUCCAGUUCAACGACAGUGACCAGUUCAAGGACCCUGACCUGUACUCAGACAAGUCGGACCGGGAGGGGGAGCAGGACCACGAGGAGUCAGACGUGGAGGGUCUGGGGAAGAGCGAGGAGAGUGACAGUGACACGUCGGAACGUCAGGAUGACUCCUACAUUGACCUUGACCCCAACGAGGCCCUGCGGGAGACUCCGUACCUGGAACAGUCCCACGAGGAGCUGGGAGAGGCUGGUGAGGCCUCCCAGACAGAGACGGUGUCGGAGGAGAAUAAGUCUCUGAUCUGGACGCUGCUGAAGCAGGUCAGGCCUGGGAUGGACCUGUCUAAAGUGGUCCUGCCCACCUUCAUCCUGGAGCCACGCUCCUUCCUGGACAAGCUGUCUGACUACUACUACCAUGCUGACUUCCUCUCUGAGGCAGCUGUGGAGGAGAAUGCCUACAACAGGAUGAAGAAGGUAGUGAAGUGGUAUAUCUCUGGAUUCUACAAAAAGCCACAGGGCCUGAAGAAGCCAUAUAACCCCAUCAUCGGUGAGACCUACCGCUGCAUGUGGCUCCAUAGCAAGACCAACAGCAAGACAUUCUACAUUUCUGAACAGGUGUCCCAUCAUCCUCCAGUGUCAGCGUUCUACGUCAGUAACAGGAAGGACGGCUUCUGUCUCAGCGGAAGCAUCCUGGCCAAGUCCAAGUUCUACGGAAACUCCUUGUCGGCCAUAUUGGACGGAGAGGCUCGGCUCACAUUUCUCAACAGAGGAGAAGACUACGUCAUGAACAUGCCCUACGCCCACUGCAAAGGCAUCCUGUAUGGCACCAUGACUCUGGAGCUGGCUGGCCAGAUCACCAUUGCCUGUGAGAAGACAGGAUACAGUGCCCAGCUCGAGUUCAAACUCAAGCCGUUCUUGGGUAACAAUGACAGUGUAAACCAGGUCUCUGGAAAGAUCAAGCUGGGGAAGGAGGUGCUGGCUACGCUGGAGGGACACUGGGACAGUGAAAUCUUCAUCAACGAUAAGAAGACCGGGGUGGUGGAUACGUUUUGGAACCCCACUGCAGAGCUGCGUCAGAGCAGGCUGACACGCUGCACCGUGCCUCCUGAGGACCAGGGAGACUAUGAGUCUGAGAGGUUAUGGCAGCAUGUAACGAGGGCCAUCAACAACAAGGACCAGACAGAGGCCACCAAUGAGAAGUUUAUCCUGGAGGAGGCUCAGAGGAAGUCAACCCGCGAGCGCAAGGCCAAGUGUGAGGACUGGGCGCCCGGGCUCUUUGAACAGGACCCUGUCACCGGAGAGUGGCAUUACAGAUAUGCCGACACCCGGCCGUGGGAUCCGCUGAAUGAUAUGAUUCAGUUUGAGAAAGACGGCUGGAUCCAGACUAAAGUGCGGCAUCGCACCCCUAUGGUACGUUCUGCCAGUGUAAUUAGUCUCAGUAACCAGGGCCCCAGGAGGGAUGGCAAUUGCAAGUGCCAGGUGACAGGGCCCAAAAGAAAGCACAAGCACAGUGACAAGCCCAAGAAACCUGAGAGUGGCUGCUCCUCCCCAGAACCUGACCGCCAGGACUCCUCCGGCAGCGAGCGACACAAAAGCAAGCACAGUAGCCGGUUAAGGAAAAAGGGCCCAGACCUUAGUGAACUUCAAAGUGCCAUUGAUUCUAUAAAGAAGACACAGGAGAACAUUUACAAGAGCAUCGGUGUGCUACGCUCCCGAACGACAGUGGGCCAGGCGGCAGCAGAGGGCGGAUUCCUGCAGCAGCGCGACUACGCCAUCAUCAUCCUCCUCAUCCUCCUUCAGGUCUUCAUCAACUUCCUGUUCAAGUAGCAGCCGACAGACUGACAGAGAGAGAGACCGAUGGAGAGAGAGAGACAGGACUGAUGGGGGGUUUGUCCAGGCUAAGGAGGAGAAACAGUCUGGAAGUGAAUGAACUUCAAGAGCACCCAGUAGCUCUGCCUCAACCCUCUCUCUCUCUCUCUCUCUACUGAGUUGACUCUGCCCCACUGUCCUCAGACGGGCCACCAUUGUCACACACACGUCUCCAAAGCAAGCAUUCCUGAAAGAGGCUCCUCAAAAAAAACUGAAAUUGUUUUUAAUUUCUAUUUAUUUGUACCUGUUUAAAGAUCCAUGUAUUUUUAAAGGGGGAGUGGCACCGGCCAGGACUGAAGGGAAGUUGAGGUCAGCGUUCGGCCUUAGCCGGCGUCAUGAUGUCGUCAACUGGGCCUUGGAGAAGGCAUUGACAUCUGGCGGCCAUUUUUUAUUUUGCUAACGGACACCGCUCCUUGCAUUUCACAUUGCCCCCAUUUCACCCGCCUCCCCAACGACAGGGAACAUUUUACACUUUUGAGAUUUUUGAAGAAAGAUUACUUUCAUUCCAGUUUUUUUUUUUAAGAAUGUUCAUUUGUUUUGUUUGUUUGGUGUGUCCUUUGUGAGUAGAACCUCUAGUUAAAAAAUAUACGAGAAGGGAGAAGAACAGUUUUAAGCGGUCCAAUAUAUGUGACGUUCUUUUGAAGCUUUGACAAGGCUCGAGUUUCCUAGCUUGACGGUGAAUCGGCAAACAAAAGAAAGUAAUUGUAAUCAAUCGAUUUGAAUCGUUCCACUCAAAUUUGUAGACAAGGUCAAUUGUAUAAACUAGAUGCUUGACAUGAAUUGUUGCUGUGUGGUUAACAUGUACGGUAGGAUGAAUGCUCAGCUGAUCACUUGCCCGAUAGUGUGUAAACAUCACGAUGGCACCUAGUAGACAGUAGAGUCCCCAGGCUGUUCAUAGACUUUUGUACAGUAGUAACUCAACAUCGUCAGCCAGUCAGAAAUCAACUAGAUGUAGUGAAAAUCUGCCAGAUGCAGUGUUUCAGGUGUAGUAUAGGCCGUCAGUCCACUUCCUGUGUACAUAGCUAACGGACUGACUCACUCAUAGCAGUUGUGUUCUUUCCUAAAGAGACGUUCUUUCACACAGACAAGACCCUCUGUGGAACAAGCCAGUCUGGCAUUAUCAAUACCCCAUUACCUCGGUGUCUUUGUGGGCUGCCCACUCUGUGUGUGUCUGUCGUCAUCGCCUCGUCACUGUCGUUCACUCAUCCAAACCAGACGUUUAGAAUGUGGUCACAAGAAAAUAACACCCGUGCCUUCUAGAGUGGGGGGUUUGGGGGGUGGGGCUAAUGGGGGGAUAGGGAUUGAGAGGGCUGAGAGUUUGGGGGGUGGGUGGAAGUUUGAGGCUAAUGGGGGGGUUAGAGGUGGGACUGGGGUUUUGGGGGGGCGCUAACGGAGGUUAGGGAUGGCGUGAGGAUGAGGGUUUGGUGGAUGGAUGUUUGGGGCUAAUGGGGGGGUAGUGAUUGGGAGGGGUGGGGACAGUGAGAGAGUAGGUAGGUGUACAGUAGAAGUGUAAGGGCGAGCAAUAGCCAGUGUUUUGAAGUGGUCGUGCCAUAUCAAGCCUUAGAGAAGAGUCCUGCUUGGCCCCUCCCAGCGUUGCUGUGGUUACGCUGCCGUGGGAAUUCUGGAAGCUGAUUCCUGCCACUUGGAGAGAGGAGGUUAUCUCUCUGAAUCAUCUCUCCAUAUGUCCUCUCUUUCUUUCUCUCCCUCUCUCUCUUCACAAGGCACCAAAACCAGGGGAACAACAUGGCUUCUCUUCCUUGUCAUUGUUCAUUGUGUUGUAUUAUAAUGAAAAUCACUUUCUGAUUUUUAUGUGGCACAGUUUUGCUUGCUCCAUUGUUUUGUUUUUCCUCACUUUUCAGUGUUGAUUUAUACAGACGAUACCGCUGAUAUGAUUCUGUUCCAUGUCGUUUUGCGGUCACACCUCGAUGACUUGAGUUCAUUGUCAAAUUACCUUUUUUGCAUCCCAAAUGGCACCCUCUUCCCAAAAUAGUGUCCUACUUUUGACCAGAGCCCUAAAAUACAUGUAGUGUACCAUAUAGAGAAUAGGGUGCUAUUUGGGACCUACCGCUGGACUCUCUGCAUCCGGACACCCCUGAUCUCUCUGUACCAGGACAUCCCUGGUCUCUCUGUACCAGGACACUGCUGGUCUCUCUGUACCAGGACACCGCUGGUCUCUCUGUACCAGGACACCGCUGGUCUCUCUGUACCAGGACACUGCUGGUCUCUCUGUACCAGGACAUCCCUGGUCUCUCUGUACAAGGACACCCCUGGUCUCUCUGUACAAGGACACCCCUGGUCUCUCUGUACAAGGACACCCCUGGUCUCUCUGGUAUGUAUUUGUAUGACAAUAACACCUUCCUGAAAGUUAUGUUGCCACAUCCCCAAAUAAAAUCAAAAUGACGUCUU